AUGAAAACGAAAACAGGAAUGUUUAUAAUUCAGCCGGAAUGUAUUCGUGAUUUCAUAUCGUGCGCAAAUUUGAAAAAUAUCAUCCCCCCCCUCCCCCCUCCCCCCCCCCCUCCCCCCUCCUCACUAGCGUCGUCCAGCGUCCUCAUCGAUUCCUACAAUAUUUUGCACUCUAACGCAAUACGCGUUGCGGAGUGGCAUUACGAAUUGAAACACGUUAUUCUGCGGCUGUGGUCAGUUGAGGGUGUGGGGCGGUUACGUCAGUCUGUUCUUUCUGUGUUCCUUUGUUGGUGUUUUUGUAUUUCCACAGUCUUGUCCGGAAAUCCGGGUAGCGGAACUUUGUACAUACAAUUUUUCUAA